CAACGCGUAGUUCGUCACUCGAGGGAGACUUGUACCUCUCAAAAUUCUGGAAUCUCGGAAGAAAGAUCUGCCGGCGGAAGGCCGAUUGCUGUCUAUGUUCUUGAGACAUCUCGAGGUCUGCCGCCCUCUUCGUUUCAACUCUAUGGUUACAACAUCAUGACCUCUGCUAUUCCCGACGAUUUCUCUGACCACGUCUUCGCGACGAAACACUCCGUCCCACUCUGGCUUCGAGUAUAUCCCGCGCCGUCCAGCUCGUCCACCAGUAAAGGGCCAAAACCAUGGCUCCUCUGGAUUCACGGCGGUGCAUACUGCUCGGGUCAGCACUAUCAACUCCGCAAUUGGAUCUUGCCCCUCUUUCACGCUAGAGGGUAUCAUGUCGUUGCGAAUGCAUAUCGCUUCAUGCCGUAUGUCGACAUGGAGGACAUGGUUCAAGACUGCCAAGACGCGUUCGAAUGGUGUCGAGCCAAUCUCGCUGAUCUACUGAAAGAUAAAGGAGAAAUCGAUCUGGAUAGAUGUGUAGUGGGAGGUGAUUCUGCUGGCGGUGGUCUUGCGACCUUGCUUGUACAUCUUAUACCCCGCGCAAGACGUCCUCGAGCAGUCAUCAAUGUUUACGGUGUGGUCGACCUGGUGAUUCAGCAGGACAAGUACGAUCACGAGCCUGAGCCGACUGAGAAAUGGGCAGGAGACGUCUCAGAAGAGGCUCUGCAGGCAUUCUACACCGAUCAAGAUCCUAGUCACGCCGUCACCGCGACGACAAACAUGUGGAAUCUCUCCUUCCUGCCUCAAGAUACGGUUGACAAGGGUCGCGAGGCGAUCUACGCAGCCCUCAAAGAUCUGUGGAGAGUCUCAGACGAGGAAUGGGUCAAUGACGAGAGAGUGCAGCGGCAAUGGGAUAUCAAAGGGUACAACGGGUACAAGAAGGAGAUGGUCACGUUGGCCUUGAGAAUAACAGGAGAGACCAGUACAGAAGAGCGGGUGGACAAGUUGAAAACGUAUUCAUCGACGUAUCUUAUGGACAAAGAGGAAAGUUACCCGCCAACAGUGAUGCUGAGCGGGACGGGAGAUAACGCCGUACCGGUUGAGGAGUCCAAGAGUUUGGCGGAGAAGCUCAAGAAGAAGGGCGUGGAGGUAUUGGAGUUGUACUGUCCUGGUCAGGAUCAUGGGUGGGAUAACAUCUACACGAAAGUCGGGGACCAAGGCUGGGAUGAGUAUAUUGAGCCAAUCGGCAAAUUCCUAGAUGGACGCCUCUGAGAAUGGUGAUGCAAGAGCCGUGUCGAGCCGCAUCCUGGGAGAACUGAUCCCGUCUAAUCAGUCAAGCCGAAUAUGAGUGAUGCAUCCGGUACAUCCUCUCCUGGAUCAGAUUGACUGUAUGGUCAGGGCUCCUGAUCAGCUGGGAAGCAUGCGCAUAAAUACCGUACAUGUAUAUCGUUCAUCCGAG